UAAAGUAUCAUCAUCAAACAUCAAUAUUUUUUCAUCAAUUAACCAAAUAUUUAAUCACAAUUACAAGAUGAGUCCACAAAAAGUAGCUGUGUUAACUGGUGGGAAUAAAGGAAUCGGAUAUGCCACUAUCAAAGGUCUAUGUGAAAGAUUUGAUGGCCUUGUUUAUCUGACAGCUCGAGAUGUAACAAGAGGUAAAUCAGCUGUGGCAAAGUUAGAGAAAGAAAAUCUGAAAGCAGUGUUUCAUCAGCUAGACAUCGAUAACCAAAAAAGUGUGGAUGAAUUUAGGGAUUUUAUUAAAAAAGAACAUGGAGGUUUAGAUUUGCUCAUUAAUAAUGCAGCAAUUUGCUUUUGGUCAGCAGCGCCAAAUCCUACGUUUGAGCAAAGUUUACAAACUAUAGAAACUAAUUAUUUUGGAACGGUCCGAGUUUGCGAGGCUUUGUUUCCUUUGUUAAGAAACAAUGCAAAAGUCGUAAACGUCUCCAGUUGCGAGGGGCAUUUAUCCAAAAUUCCGUCAGAGAAUCUCAGAAAAGAAUUUUCCAGAAAAGAUUUGACGAUACCAGAGCUCAAUAAAUUAAUUGAGAAGUUUCUCAAAGCUGUUGAAAUCGAAAAACACAGAGAAGACGGCUGGGGAGGAUCGACCUACGCUGUUUCAAAAGUGGCUGUAUCGACACUGACUUUCAUUCAGCAGAGAGCGUUCGACGAAAAACAGCCAAAUCGUAAUAUUUCCGUCAAUGCAGUUUAUCCAGGAUUUGUGAAAACUGAUAUGACUGAACAUCAUGGUCUUCUAACUACCGAAGAGGGAGCAAAAAGUUCCUUAUAUGCUGCAUUAGACACCGAUCUUAAAGGAAAAUAUAUUUGGACAGAUUGCAGUUUAGUUGAUUGGUACAGUAACCAAAUGCCGAAUCCACCAUACUAACUCAAUAAUAUUUAAUGAUGAUAAAUAAUGAUCCAUAAUUGAUGUCUAAAAAUUAUUAAUAAAAGCAUUUUUGAAUUA